UUCUCUUCUUACACUACACAACUACUUUCACUACAAGUACCAUAAACACUCACAAUCCAACUCAAAAACAAAACACAACUCAACAUUUCACAAUCUCUCAAUAAGCCAAAUCAUCUGUUCCUUGGUUAUGGCUUGUACACAUAAAUCAUCUGUUCUGUCUCAAAUUCCAUACAAUUCCCUCUACGUCAACCCCCUCACUGACCUCAAACACAAUCGUAGUUUCAGCGAAGGCUGUCGGGGUAAGCCUGAUAUUGUUCCCCUCGGAGUUCAUAUUCGACGGGGCUCUGACAGCAACAAAGAGAAUGUGGUUGUUCCUAGUAAGACGGAGAGCUUAGGGAAUGUUGAUAAGGAAAAUGCAGAACCUAAUAGUGGGAAUUUAGCUGUGGCUAAGAAGGUGUCCACCGAGAAAUUUCAUAAGAAGCCUAGGGCCUUGAAGCCGACUUCACUACAACUAUGUAUGCAAAUGAAUGAACCUGAUUUCUUACUCGGGUCAGGAAAUUUGGACAAUUCGGAGCACUCGAGUUCGUUAAAGAUUUGGGAUUAUUCAGAUUCUGAGUCUGCACCCGCUUCUUCUUGGUCUACCAUUCCCAACAGGACAUUAUUGUGCAGGCCUUUGCCGGUGGACAUUGGGAGGUGCACUUGUGUUAUUGUCAAAGAAAAAUGUUUAGAAGGACUAAACAGGGGCAGUUUAUACACCCUUUACACCAAUGAGGGUCAUGGUCGACAGAACCGAAAACUUGCAGUGGCUCAUCACAAGAGGCAUAAUGGAAGAUCUGAGUUCAUAGUUGCUCAAUCUGCGAAAGGGAUUUUAAGUCCUGGUGAUGAUAGCUUUGUGGGAACUGUCACUUCCAAUCUCAUGGGUUCAAAGUACAAUAUAUGGGAUCAGGGAAGAGGACCAAAUUCCAUGAUCAAACAAUCCAAACUUCUUGCUGCUGUGACAUUCAUCCCCACCAUAGCUAGCUGGUCCGGGAGUCACAGAAGCAUGAAAGCAUGGGUACCUAAACACCAAUCCAUGCAGCUAAAAAGUACAUCUCAGGUUCAACAUAUAAAUGGACUGCCCAAGGAUUGGGAAGAGAAAAUGGACAAAGUUCAUCAAUUAUUUUCUAGGAUUCCUCAUUACAAUAGUAAUUCAAAGCAGUAUGAGUUAGAUUUCAGAGAGAGGAGGGGAAAAAAUGGACUCAAAAUCAAGAGUUCGGUCAAGAACUUUCAAUUAACUUUAGAGAAAUAUGGAAGACAGGCAAUUCUGCAACUCGGAAGAGUGGGAAAAUCAACCUAUGUUAUGGAUUACAGAUAUCCGAUGACAGGUUAUCAAGCAUUCUGCAUUUGUUUGGCUUCUAUUGACUCAAAACUUUGCUGCACAAUGUGAUCAGUCUAGCUAUGGUCGUCUUUGGCUGUUUAAGCUCAGAACACCGAGUCAGUCCAUGUCUAGCAUUGUCUUAUGAAAAGUUUGAAGGCUGUGCAUUAAAAUGUUCUGAAAUCUGAACCAGGGAAGGUCAAAGAAAGUCAAAGAGGGUAAUCACCAUUUUACAGUGCGGUGAUAACCUAGUUAUAUGUUAUGCAUUGCAGGAUCAUAAUGUUGAAAUAUUGCCUCCAUAUUUCAUUUUUCA